ACACACAAAGCUCUAGCGUUUCCGGCCAGCUCAGCGCGUCAGUCCUGUGGUGUUGUCAGUUUACAGCCUGUCAAACACUGGGACCAGUCACCUGUAACAUUUACUGGGCGGUGGAGAAACACCAGUAGACGGCGGAGAGAUGGUUCUGCUGACGAUGAUCGCUCGGCUGGCAGACGGUCUGCCUCUGGCCGCUUCAAUGCAGGAGGACGAGCAGUUGGGUCGGGAUCUUCAGCAGUACCAGAGUCAGGCUAAGCAGCUCUUCAGGAAACUCAAUGAGCAGAGUCCCACACGCUGCACUUUAGAGGCUGGUUCCAUGGCAUUUCACUAUUUUAUAGAGAAAGGAGUGUGCUACCUUGUGCUGUGUGAAGCCAGCUUUCCCAAGAAGCUGGCCUUUGCUUACCUAGAAGACCUGCAGGCAGAGUUUCAUGAGCAACAUGGAAAGAAGGUUCCCACAGUAUCCCGGCCUUACUCCUUCAUUGAAUUUGAUACCUACAUCCAGAAAACCAAGAAGUCGUACAUUGAUAGUCGAGCGAGAAGGAAUCUGGGCAGCAUCAACACAGAGCUCCAGGACGUCCAGAGGAUCAUGGUGGCUAACAUAGAGGAGGUGCUGCAGAGAGGAGAGGCUCUCUCCGCGCUCGACUCAAAGGCCAGCAACUUGUCCAGCCUGUCAAAGAAGUACAGGAGUGACGCCAAGUAUCUGAAUACCCGCUCCACCUAUGCCAAGCUGGCAGCUGGUGGUGUGUUUUUCAUCAUGCUCAUUGUCUAUGUACGCUUUUGGUGGCUCUGAGAGAGAAAGAAGAGAAGGAGAAGAAGAAGAGGAAGGAGGUAUUGAAGUGGAAAAUGAGCUGCACAGUCUGCAGACACUAAGAAAAGCUGUCACCUUUGACUAAAAACAGGAUCCCUGCUCUUAAUAAGACUUUACAGACAUAUGAUCACCCAUUUCGUUCUCGCCUGUCCAUCGAUGUGUGAUCUGAAUAUAAAUGAUGUCAUAAUACAUAGUUUUAUUAUUAACGUUUAUGUUAUAUUGAUUGCUUUGUUUUUGAAGGCAAUUUGUGUGCAAGUGCGGAGGAAAAAUGAAGAGAAAAAGAAAUUUCCUGUUUUGUGAGUAUCCAAAGUUGUACUGUACUGUACCAAGAGUGACUGAUUAAAUCUUGUAUACUGCCUAGUAAUACAGAAAAGAGCAACAAAAAAAAACCCCAACUUUUUUUCAUCCUGAGCAUGUCAUAUGCGUAUUGCUGUUCCUUAACAUAAUCAUAGUUGUAAUGACUUCACAAGCCUGGACAUUUACACAUAUUUAAGUAUACACAUAUGGAAGACAUGACAUUAAUCCUAGGGCAGUUGAAUAGGCUCAUCAACAACAUACACACAGUAAGUUAAGUAGACUCUUUGCUUUUAAAAAUGCUGUAUGAAAGCCUUGUUAAAGCUAUUUCACCGUGUCUGAUUUAACAGAUUUUUUUUUUUUUUUUGCCAUUAUGGGAUGUCAGUGACCCUAUAAGGGACUGUAGAAAAAUUAUUAGGAGGGAAAAGGUGGUCAUUAAAGGGUGAAGGCGAUGUAGUUUGUUCUUCAAGUGAAGUGAGAGGAGUUGGACUUUUUUUCCAAGAGAGCAGGGGGGAUCAUUUCUUGUUAUUUCAGCCUUCCCUUGCAAGAUAAUUAAAAAAAAAAAAGGUUAAAAUAGUUGCAAAUGAUGGGUUUAAUGUGCACAGUGGUUCAUAAAGACGCCCCUUCUCAUACACUGAGGACACGGGAACAUAUUAAUAAUGCUGGCGAGGUCCUUGCUUUUUGUUUUUUUGAGUGAAAUGUAAGACUCAACCCCCCUCCUCACCCCUAUAAUUUUCAUACAGUCCGAACCCUGAUCUGACCAGUGUGCAUUCACUCUCCUUUUAUGCCCUCUUGCACCGUGAACGUGUGGACCAGCACCUUUCUGUAAGCAGGCAUUAAAAACAAAAAAAAGAUUUGAUGUCUGGUCGGGUCCUUAUAUUUUGUAUAAACUUUACACAGUCUAGACUCAAUUUAAAAGUUGGCAACAGGCUGACAGUCACAGGUGUUAAAAGCAGCUGCCGUCUGCUCUCAGCUGGAAAGGACACCUCUUUUUCUGUUCUGUCUGCUAUCUAUGAAUAAAAUCAUUUGUUAGAGGA